AUGUCCGGUGUCAAUAACGAUGCAAUACAGGCAUGCUUGGAACUGAUUCUUCAGUCCCCUCCAGGGCAACAAAGUCAUAUUGUCAGUGACCUCAAGGGCAUGCUGGCAGGUGCAGUCCCAGACACAGAAUGGAUGGAACGCGUUCGGUCUAUCCUGUUGCAAUAUACACAUGAGCAACUCCUGCACGUCACAAUUGAACAUGAAGGAAAGCAAGAUUCAGCUAUCGUGUGUGAUGCUGCAAAAAUGGAUGAUAAGUACUAUCAUCCUCGUCUUUCAUGCUCCUUCUCGUAUGAUCCUAUCCAUGAGAGUGUUAGCGAAGUGUCGUCUGUACCGCGUUCAACAGGUGACAUAGAGACCCUGCGAGCAGAAGUGGAUCAGCAGCUGUCUAAAUACGUAUUGAACCACUAUCAUACGGGUGUCUCUUGCGCAUAUUUACCGCGUCUUGUGCCUCAAGCGACCUCCGAUGCCAAUGCUGAAACUGUCACAAUCAAUGCGAUGCAGGAUAAACAAAAAGAAAAAGAAAACAAUUUGGAGCUAUGGGAUGAAGCUAACCAAGAGCAACCGGUCCAACAAAUGCAAGGUCGUGUCGAUAACUGCGAUUCCCAAGUCACGAGUGAGAAUGACACGCCUCCCGCUAUCACGUCUCAACCAUGCAUACUGACACUGCACAUCGUCGGCAACAAAUACAAUUUACGCAACUUUUGGACAGGCCGAUGGCGCUCAACAUACAAGUUCGACGUGUCGACGCAGGCAUUCAAGCACGCCGACAUUCAAGUCCAAACACACUAUUUUGAAAAUGGCAAUGUACAGUUGCAAGCGCAGCACUCUAUGGCAUUACCUGAUUUUGUCUCGACGAAGCCGGAAUCUCUUGCGAAGGACGUUAUUCAGGCCAUCGAGCACCACGAACAAGUGUACCAAGCAAAACUCUUCGACGCCACUGACACGCUGCGCGAGCAUGCCUUUAAGGCACUUCGACGCACACUGCCUAUCACUCGCCAGAAGAUUGAUUGGAGCAAGAUUGUUAGCUACAAGGUUGGAUCUGACAUGGCCAAAUAG